CCGUCUAUGAAACCCGCCUGAACUUUGUAUCGAACUAUGUCUGGGCACUCAUUUCCAGACCCCGUAUUUGAGAGCCUUCUGGAGAAGCUUGCACACGUACUCGAAGUAGUGCAAAACUCCGAUUCCACGCUCGACCCACAAACACGGCAAGCCAUGUUCAAAGCUACUACUGCAUUUAAAGAUGGCCUUGUGAAAGCGAAGGAACUCGCGAAUACGCUCCCAGGAGGUGAGAUGCUCAUCAAGGACCAGGAUGACGUAAUCGCGAUGCUUGAGCAGCUGCGAGACCAAAAACGGGAUCAGCUUUCGAGAUUCUCAAGCCACGCUCUGUCUACGUCUGGUCCUCCUAAAGAUUCCCAAGUUAAGAUGGAGGUCGACUCGACAGCAUCAUCUCCCCACGAUUAGCAUUGUAUCUUUGGCAGCUUGCAUCACGCAAUGUAUUUUUAAAGGCUUGCAAGUUUAUCGUUGAAUAAUCGGAAAUUUACUGAAUUGCUUUUAAGCCG